AUGAUUUAGGAAGUGAAAACACCAAAAAAUAGGGUUUAUUUCAAUACUGAAUAGAGUGAAAUAGUAGGCUAGUUUCAAAAUCACAGUAGUUUAGGUCAUCAUUUUUUUUCGGAUUCCUUUAAAAGUCCACCUACUAAAUCAGAAAGGAAGUUUGUAUAUGUUAGAAGAUUUUUUAAUGCUUUAAAGAAGAGAGUGGAGGACAACAGUUCAAUAUCAAAUGAGUUGCUAGAUUAUGUAGGGGAUAAUGCGGCAUCAAAAUAAUAACAUGGAUUCAACUUGAACUUCAAGUUACUUUCCACUCACAUGGAGAUGGAAUUGAAAAAUAAAUUUUAAGAAAAGAUGAAGAAGAUAAUUGCUACAUAUUUUGGUAAUUUAUUCUUAUGGUUGGGUCGGAUUGAAUUAUUCAAGCCAGAAUCUCCUAUUAAAAUAGUUUGGGAUUUGGCAUCUUUGGUUUCUCGAUUAUACUUUUUAUUUUUAAUACCUCUUGAUGUAGUGUGGAAUAAAUACUCAUUCAUGUUUGAUCUCUAUUAUAUUUAAUCAUUUGUUUUUCUUUUAAUUCUUUUAGGAGAUUUAUUAGUGGGACUAAAUACUUCUUAUUAUACUGAAGGCAUAUUAGUAACUGAUAGAAAAAAGAUAGUAAAACAUAAUUUCUUGAAGUGCUAUGGAUUAGAAUGGAUGUCAACAAUUUAAAUAUUAAUAUAUCUAAUUUUGACACAGGAUGAAGAAAUUCAGAUUAAAAUAAAGGAUUAUAGGAUAUAUCUAACAUUAAUAACAUUUUUGGUUCAUUAUAGUACAAUAUAGGAGUGCCUGAUCUAUUAUGAGGAAGGAUUAAAUCUGAAUAAGAAAGCCUCAUCUAUUUUAGAGUUGAUUAAAUUGAUUGGUGCUCUGUUUUUUAUAGUUCAUUUCUUUUCUUGCUUUUGGUUUUAUGUAUUACAUAAAUUUAUAAUAAAAUUAGAUUGGAGAAUAUAGCCAUCGAGCAUAUGGUAACAGUUGGAUGGAAAAAGUAGUCGAUGAGGAUUGGACUGUUCAAUAUGUGCAUUCUGUAUACUUUUCUGCUGUGACCAUCUUUACAGUUGGGUAUGGUGAUGUGACUCCAUAAAGUAAUCUAGAAAAAAUAGUCUGCUGUUUUUUUAUUGUGUGUUCAAGUCUUUAACUACCUUAUAGUAUUAAUACAGUUGGAAUGAUUGUCCAGAAUAUCACAGAGUAUGGGGAAGACAAGAGAAGAAAGCUCAGAAUUAUCAACUCUUUUAUGCAGAGAAAACAAAUUCCCUUUAAUUUACAACAUGAGGUAAGAUAAUACUUGGACUAUUUUUGGUAAUUAGACAAGGAAUAGGAGGCCUAGGAUGUUAAUGUUAUAAUAAAUUAAUUGUCUGAAAUGCUAAGGAAUAAAUUAGUUUAGGAGUCCAAUUCUAUAAUUUUGAAUUAAUGUGCAUUGUUCAGGUACAGGUUUACUGCAGCUUUUAAGGCAGAACUCAUAAAGUCUUUGAAGAGAAAGAUUUUGCCUCCUGAAUCUUUGGUGGCUCAGAAAAAUCAAUUAGUUUACAUUGAAUAAGGGAAAAUUGAUUUAUUUGGAGAUAAAUAAUGCAAUUUGAAGUUGAAAUCUUUUUGUAAAGGCAAUACUCUAGGGUUAAUAUCCUUUUUAUUGGGUAAUGAAUAACCAGAAAUCUAUAAAAGUCAAGGAUUUUCAUUGGUCAUGACUUUAUCCCAAGGGAAAUUCUUGAAAAUCUUAGCAAAAUACCCAGCAGAUUAUGAAAUAUAUUGUUAAAUAAAGGAUUAUUUGAUAUUUAAUGGGAAUGAAACUAGUAUAUUCCCAAGAAGUUGUUAUAUUUGCAAAUCAAAUCACCAUUUUUCAAAGGAAUGUCCAUAGGUUCAUUAUGUGGCAGACAAGGAAAAAUUAAUUAAAUAAUUUACGAUUGAUAAAUAAUAAGGUCGAAAAUAUCAUCAGAGGAGAAAGAUCAGUUAAAAGGCAAAGCUUAUGAAAUAGUCACUAGAGAAAAAUGCUUUUAUUAUACAAUAAUAAAAUAGCGACAUUGUUCGUAUAUACGAUUUACCAGAAAAGAUUGAUGAUCAAAUUCUAAUCAACAGUUUGGAUUGCUAUAAAAAUAUCAAGUUGGGGAUCAAAGCAACGAAGUAGAUAAAAUAGAAAUUUUAAUGGUUGGUUCGUAAAGUAGUGAUGAUAAAUAGAUCAUAUCCUCAAUUUAUCAUGCAUGCUUUCGAUUCGUUCAGAGCAAGAACUAAUUAUUUUAGCAAAUUAUCAUAAUUGAAAUAGAUGUAGAUUAGAUAUGACUAUUUAAAGUAAAUAGGAGGAAUAGAUUUGAAGUUAUUAGACACUUUAGAUUACUAUAUCAAGAAAAAUUUAGAAACGCCGUUGAUCACAACAUUGGAGUUUGAUUAGCCUCAGAAUUUCAUCCAUUACAAUCCUAAGUUUAAUUUUAGUAAUGUAAGGAUCAAUUUGGAUAAAAAUAAAUUAAGAAUUAUUACAUAGUUUUUGUGUUAUGUUUUGUACCCUGCCCAAAUAAUUAGAUAGGUUCGAGCCACUAAAUGUACUGUGGACUUGAUUACAUAUAAUAGGCGGAACAAUAUUAUAAAGAAAUGAUUAAUAUAAGAAUAAGUUAAUAUAUAAUAAAUUUUGUAAAUUAAUGAAAGCAUAACAAGCAGCAACUCUAUUAUUGGAAGAGACACUAUUUUAAGUUGACCUAAGAGCUGAACAACUUAAAAGUUAUUUGGAGAAAGUUACUAACACAGUUAAUGGGCAUUCAUCCUAUUUAAACAACUUAUAAAUCUAAUUGAAUCAAGUACUGAAAUUGCAAGAUGUAUGAUUUAAUCAUGUAAACAAAUAGUAUGAAACCUAUUUGCAGAGAACUGCAAGAUCAAUGUCUCUUCGUGAUCCAGAAUUCGAACAAUAGGUUUCUUUUUAGUUGGAGAAACCAUUGGCUGAAAAUGGGUCAGAUCAAAUAGAGAAUGCCAUCUGUAUGGUGAUCAACAAAGAGCGAGUGUUCGGUUAAGGAAUGGCUUAUCUAUUCAAGCGAAGUAAAGAUUGGGAAGCUAAACUCAAUAAAUUGGAGGCUGAUCUUAUGAAACGAGCAUUGAAAGAUGAUUUGGAUAAGGGUUUGAAAGAACAAAAAACUAAAUUGUCAGAUCAAAUAGAUGAUUUAAAUAAGAAACUUACUAAACGAUUUUAGGAUCAAGAGAGAUCAGCAACUUAAAAUUAAAAUCAGUUACAAUAAAGUAUUAAUGAGUUAGAGAAAAAAACAUUAUGGAAAAUAAGUGAUUGUGAAAAGUUAUUAUAGUAAAGAAUCAAUGACAAAUUUGUGGAAUCAUCCUGUUAAGGUGUUUAUGAUAGAGUAAUGAGAGAUAUAGCCAAAUAAAAGGACGAAGGCAUCAAAGGAAUUCAAAAUGAGAUGGUGGAAUUGAAGGCCAAAUUUCAAUACAAUGAAGAAAGAAAUCAAGACAAUUUCAAAACAUUAAGAAUUCAAUUGAAAGAAAUGAAUGAUACAAUCUAGCAAAAAUAUACACCUCUUGAAAAAUUCGAAUAAACUAAACAAAUACUAAGUGAUAGAACUGUUGAGCUUUAAAAUAAAGUAGGAGAAUUAUCCAGAAAAAUGGACGCCAUUUUAUAAUUAGAAAAAUUGAUACCUUAAAUCAAAUCAAUGGAUGAUAAGAUUGCUGAUUGCUAGUAUAGGGGAGAAUAAAAUAGAAAAGACAUUGAAGAAUUAAAAAUUAAAACUGAAAACUUCGAUGGACAAGCAAAAGGAGGAAAAAGUGACGUUGAUCCUCACAAAGUCUGUUCUUUAGAAGCUGAUAUUAAAAGAUUAAAAAGUGAUUAUACAGACCAAGAAAACAAAUUGAGAUUAUUAGAAAAUGAAUUGAAAAGAAAAAUUGAUGUUAAUGAACAAAGAUUCCUUCAACAAUUAAAUCUUUUAAAAUAAGCGCCUUAAUAAUAAUAAUUGUCUAAAGAAGAUAUUAUCUCUAUAGUUGAUAAAGAGAUAUCAUAACCUAUGAGUUUAUUAAGGGCAAGAAUACUACAGAUUGUUGGCUAAGCUUGUGGAGAGAACAUGUCUUUCGAGAUGUUCAUCAGAAACCUGUUAAAUGAUAUAGCUGAUUUAAAAAAGAAAAUGGAAGGGUUACAAGAUCUUGAUAAAAAAAUGAGAAAGUAUAUGAAAUAAAUGACAUCAAAUGAUAACUCUGACUUAUAGAAACAGCUUGCAGAGUAAUAAUAUUUAUAUAAUCUAUAGAAAAGCAAAUGAAGAAGACACAAAGGCUAAAUUUACAGCGUUAGAGGAAAAAUAUAAAACCAUGGCUGAAAAUUAUGGUAUUCUAGCUAAAGGAAUGAAGGAAUUAGAGGAAUUUUCUAAUUAUCUACAAACAUUGCUAUAGUAUGAUUUCAUAAAUAUAUUUAGUGUUAAUCAAUAAGAAACUGUUAGCAUCUUAACUGGAAAUCAUAGAGUUGUUACAUAGAGAUGUUUGGUUUGCUCAGGAAAAACUAAAUUAACAAAAACUCUAGAUGUAAUAAUUAAUUUUAUUCAAAGAAAAGCUAAGAUUUAAAUUAAGCUAAAUUAGUAAGAGGAGAUUUGAGGCCAAAAGAUUUGGUUUAUGAAAAUUCUGAAGUUUAUGAAUUAAGUAAAUAUAAUAAAAAAAUUUAGAUCCAAAUUAAGUUAAUUACACUACGGAUAAUUAGAAAUAUGUUGGGACUACUGUUGGAUUCAAAUACCCGAUGCUAAAUCAAAAUAAAGCAAGUAUUAAAGAAUCCUAAUUUUUAGAUGACCCUUCCUCAAGUUCUGGUAGAAUGGUAAGACCGUAAAGUGCCUCAUAAAAAAAAUAUUGAAUUUUAUAAAAC